CGGUGUCCCGUUUGAGGACAGUCUGUGAACUCGGGAGGGGAAGUGCAGCUCCGUGGAAAAACUCCCAGGAUUUACACUCUGCCAUUUUGAGUGGAAAAACGCGGCCGCCGUCGGAGCUCAGACGUGUCCGUCCAGCAGCUGACAUGACCCGAAGGAAGGAGCUCCACCGCUGAGUGCAUGCAGAAGUUUCGGUUGGAAGACGGUUGAUUUGAACUUUUCUGUCAUGUGUUCCACAAAACCAUCAAACUGGGUCACGUUUGAUGAUGACGGCGUGCCGCCCCCAUCGCCUCAAAAGUCCCUGGAAUCGCCAGGCGUCAUGGCAGCGUCGGUGCCGCGCCCCAAUGGUCUGAAGUCAGGGUUUCCUCCAAUCAAAGAUACUUCAUGGAGCUCCGGAACCCCCCAACAGUCUUCCCAAAGCCGCCCAAGACCGAGACGGCAGGCUUCUGCUCCAUGUGGAUCAGCCCUUUCUGCUCCUUUGUGUAAAAUUCCCAGCCCAUCUCACUCCAACAAGAGCGCCUUCUCGAGGAGUUUCUCCUCGUCAGGCAGCUGUUUGUCAUCCCCUGCAUCAGAGUCUCUGAACCACUCCUCGGACAGACCCAGCCCUUUCCCCUCUUUCCACGGAAGCUCGGGACACUACAACCCGUUUUGGGAGGAUUCGGGAAACGGCGCAGACGUGGACGGCUCCUCCUCGGACUCGGACGGGGACAACAGCCUGCCGAGAUUCUUUAUUCGCACCAAAGAUGGCAGUGAACCUCCUCGCCCCCUGCUCCAGAGCACUUUCGCCCAUGUUUGCAACAAACUGGAAAAGCUUCAAGCUGGCGCAGAGGACAAACUCGAGACGGUGGAAGAAGUGACAGACGGGAGGCGGAGCAGCUGCAAAACGGAGAUUUUGAAAGAAGGUCCGUCGCAGUUUGUUCCUCGAGGUCUGUUCCGGAGCCAGAAGCGAGAUGGUUGGCCCGUCAUGCUCAGGAUUCCCGAAAAAAAGAACCGCAUGUCCUCUCGGCAGUGGGGGCCGAUCUAUCUCCGCUUGUUGCCUGGAGGGGUCCUCCAGAUGUUCUACGAGAAAGGCCUGGAGAAACCGUACAAAGAGGUCCAGCUCCUGCCUCAGUGUAGACUCUCGGAUCUCAGGGUGGAAAGUUACAGCGAGCCCCGAAAAGUCCUGACGGUCAAAGUGGAGCAUUUCUCCUACACGGAGAAGAAACGCUAUCACCCAAAGGUGGAGGUCAGCCACGAGGCGGAAGUGGAGCAGCUGCUCAAGUUCGGCUCCACCGUCCAUGAGGACAUGGAGGAUUUGGUAGCCUCUAUGGAGGAGGAGAUUUUUAAACUGGGGGCGCCUCACCAGCAGAGCCGGCACUACGAGGAGCAGGAGCUGUCUCUGCAGAUCACCGAUCACAUUUGGAUCCAGCUGGAUAAGUGUGGGGAGGUCAUGGAGCGAGCAGCCUUCAGUCAGGUUCACUGCCUUGCUUUCCUGAACGGACACGGCGGCUGUUUCCUCGCCCUCAACGACCUGGGGCUGCUAAGAUCUGACUCCAGCUACGGGUCCGAGGACAGCGGCGAGCUCUGGAUGGAGAUCGCAGACUGCCAUUUCCACAGAUGUGUCAACGAGACAGAGUUUAAGAGGUCCAGGUUAAUUAAGUUCUCCCCUCCAGAUGCGUGUAGGGUGGAGCUGAUGCGGUACAAAACCACAGCUUUGGGUUGCACGGACAUGCCCUUCUCGGUCAAAGCUGUGGUCACAGUUCAAGGAGCUUACGUGGAGCUCCAAGCUUUCCUCAACAUGUCAGGCCCUUUCCUGUCCUCCCUCAGGGCCUCUGGCGCUUACUUCCCGCUCUGUGAGAAUGUGGUGAUCCGUGUGCCGGUCCCAGGCCACUGGGUCAGAGUGACCCAGACUGCAGGUUUACUGCGGCAGAGGUCGCUGAAGGCCAGGAUGAACAGAAACACCUGCCUGGGCUCGGUGGGGGCUGCAGAUUCGCAGCCCGUCGUGCAGGUGUCGAUCGGCUCCAUCAAGUACGAAAGUGUGUAUUCCGCCAUCGUGUGGAGGAUCGACAAGCUGCCGGCGAAGAACACGGCCGUGGAUCACCCCCACUCGUUUUCCUGCAAACUGGAGCUGGGAUCCGAUCAGGAGAUCCCGGACGACUGGUACCCUUUUGUCACCAUGGAGGCAGAAAUCAUGGGCGCAGUGGUGUCGCAGACCAGGGUGAAGUCCCUCGGCACGGCGAGCGACAUCCAGCCGCAGAAACACGUGACCAGCUGGACGCGCUACCACUGCCAGGCCAAACUCUACCUGUCCAUAAUCGACGAUGUGAUUGACAGUAUGAAGGAGCUCUUCUUGGAUGAAGGGAUUGAAGAUCGGGUUUUGGAUGAUUUAAGACAUCUCUGGGAGUCAAAGGUGUUGCAGUCCAAAGCAAUAGAUGACCACAGAAGGAACAACAUCAACUCCUCAAACUUUGUGCUGCAGCUUCCAGCUGGUUACCAACAGACUGAACCGGAUCUUGCAGCUCCAGCUGUGAUACCUGCAGCUCAGAACUUCAACAGUUUUCCAGUCAAGAAGAAUUCGGGGCCCCUGGCGACGUUUUCCCUUCCCGCUUCUCUGGCGUACCCAGUGCAGAUACCAGCUGGAGUCACCCUGCAAACAGCCUCAGGUCAGCUGUACAAAGUGAACGUUCCCGUCGUGGUUUCCCAGGCCCAAGCAGGACAGCAGCCUGCAUCGCACCCCCCACCCAGAGUCACAGAGUGGCGGGACGCCCCGGCCCUCCAGCCAGCUGUGGUUCCACCUCAUCCCGUUCCUCCACGUGUGCCGGAGCCGUCUGCUCUCCCCGCCUCCUCCAUCACACAUCCAAGGCCCAGUCUGCCGCUUUGUCAGGAGAGCAGCCUUCCCCACAUAGACCUCACACUGGGAGAUAAUGAGCCAACUCCUCCACCUGAACCUGUGAACGUCUCCACGACUGCCUCACCCUGCACUCAAUUGUUAGACCUCCAGAUCCGCGCAGAGGAGGCCUUGGCGCAAACGACAAAGGGCAGAGACAUUUAUGACAUCCUGAAAGAGGUGAUUGAGAAGGAGACGGAGAAAGUUGAAAGGAGCAGGGAUGUAGCAGCUGGAAACUCCAGCAGUCGGUCUGAAGCUGCUCUUCAGCAGGACUAUAACGCCCUGUCUGACAUCAUUCAGCUGGAUGGUCCAGCAGACAACUCUGACCACGAGGAGGACGAGGAGGUUCCCUUGCAGGAGAAUGACUUUCUUGGCUUGAUCAAUGCUGAGGUCAUCAAGGCCCUGCAGGAAGAAAAUGAAAGCAGCGACAGCAACAGCGUGGCCAGCAGCAGCAGCAGCAGUGGAGGAAUCGAUGAGCUCGCUGAUGUAGAAGAAGGGGAUCCUUUGAAUUCAGGUGAUGAUGUGGUUGAACAGGACAUCCCGGACCUUUUUGACACCGACAAUGUCAUUGUUUGCCAGUAUGACAAAAUUCACCGCAGCAAGAAUCGCUGGAAGUUUCAUCUAAAAGACGGGGUGAUAUGUUACGGAGGUCGGGACUAUGUGUUCUCCAAAGCUGUUGGGGAAGCAGAGUGGUAAUGAGCUCCUAGAGAGCAAGUGGGGGAAAAACAGGAAGCGGUGAUAAAAUGUGUAAAUUAUUUCUCCUUGGUUGUGAUAUCGUAUGCUUUAAAAGUUCAGACACAAAUGUGUUAAUAUCAGAGAAAAACUAAGACUUUGUCGAUUUCUUUCUCAAGUUGUUGGUAGCCAUGUUUGUAUUUAUCAUUCUCUUAAUUAGUAGCAUCAUUUUCUGCUUACAAAUUUGAUUUUUACAGUUUGUUUCCCUUUCAGGUUACAAAUAAACUUAUACAUUGCAUUCCCCCA